UGAAAAUUCUGGAAUUUUCUCUCCAUAAACAUCCUCUUCCAUCACCUAUAAAUCGCCCAUCACCACCCCCAUCUUCCAUCAUCAACAAUAGAAAAAAAGCACAUUCAGCAAAAACAAACAAUCUCAAGCCAAUCAGAUUUAACAAUCUCAACCCAAGAAAGAAAAUGGAUUUGAGGCUAAUGGGCAUCGAUGCACCUCUCUUCCAAACCCUCCACCACAUGAUGGACGUCACCGGCGAUGACUCCGACAAGUCGCUGAACGCUCCGACCCGGUGUUACGUAAGAGAUGCGAAGGCGAUGGCCUCCACCCCAGCUGAUGUGAAGGAGACUGCGGAUUCCUAUGUGUUCAUCAUAGACAUGCCGGGGUUGAAGUCGGGUGAUAUCAAAGUGCAGGUAGAAGACGACAAUGUGCUGUUGAUCGCCGGUGAACGGAAGCGUGAAGAAGAGAAAGAAGGAGGUGCUAAGUAUGUGAGAAUGGAGCGGAGAGUUGGUAAGUUUAUGAGGAAAUUUGUGUUGCCGGAGAAUGCUAAUGUCGAAGCUAUUUCUGCUGUUUGUCAAGAUGGGGUUUUGACCGUCACGAUCGAGAAGCUGCCGCCGCCGCAGCCGAAGAAGCCUAAGACUGUUGAAGUUAAGAUUGCUUGAAAUGUUAAUUUUUGUGUUACUGGAAAAUGAUGAAUGAUUGAGAAUGUAUCUGGUUUAUUGUGAUGUCUCUGCUUUUAACUGUAAUGUUCUACUUGAAAUUUUAAUUGAUAUUUCUCUGCUUUUGUUA